GUUGCCGCUUUUAAACAGCAUGUCGUAAUUUCUUUGGUUACUAAAAGCCUCUGUGUCGUCCUCGGAAGCCGUUUCUCGCGGUGUCGCGGCCUACAAAAGGCGACGAGAGAAGUCAGGAUGUUAGCAGCUAGCAGUUAGCUCGCCUUAGCGCUAACUGUUAAAGCUCUGAUGACUAAAGAAGGCGAGCAGCUGCUCCCUCCUGCUGCUACAAACCGAAACAUCUCUUUUUUGAAAAACUCAGGACAUUAUGUAAUUUCUUGGGGAAAACAUACGGUAUUAAUCGAUCAAGGGUCAUGAUCCUGAUGGUUUUACUUUACUGAAAAUAAGAGACAGACUUUAAAACUGUUUGUUUGGCGAGGAUUUGGUCUCGGAAAUGGUGGCGUUCCUGGCGUCAUUGUUGAGAAGAUUAUAGGAAGGAAAUCGCUGUGAAUAUGUGUAAACAAAGAUCAAAAUAACCUCUACGUUUAAGGAGCCUCGCUAAGUACUCCUACAUAUUGUUUUCCUUCCCUAACACAUUACAACGACUAGACAGUACAAGCCACAUUAUUGAUGUUAUCUGUUACUUUGUGGGGUUCAGGAACCUUGCUCCUGGUUAUGGUCUUUGCUCUAGUAGGCAUGUCUUAAACAUUUCUAAAAUCACUUUUGUACAUUCUAAAAACUUUUUAAAACCAACCCCACCAUGAAUUGGGAGCUUACCAAAUGGUUUAGGAAGCUACACUGUGUAAUCUAUUUAAAAUUUAGACAGAAUACAUAAAUAAAUACUGAUAUAAUUACUGUUUUCUUCAUUAUUUGAUUAGUUGUUUGGUCUAUUACAAAAAAUGUAAACAAAAUCUAACAUUGACAAUAAACAUCCACCAGUGUUUCCCAAAGCUCAAGAUAAUGAUGUCAAAUAUUUUGUCUUUAAUCCAAAAAUAGUAUUUUUUUUUUCUUAGAAAUUACUCCAGCUAAUUGAUUGAUUACCGGCAUAGUUGAUAAUUAGUUUGAUAGUUGAACUAAUUGAUUCAUUAAUUAAAUGUUGCAACUCUUACAAGAAUGCUCUUGGAACUGAGAUUAGUAACUUUAAACUAAUGGUAUUUUAGUUGUUGAUUGAUCAGGAGAUUAUUUUCCAGAUAUUUCACUCUUAAUGAAACAGAAUGAAAGUGAAAAAAUCCCAUCACAGGUUUCCACAGUUGGAGUUUAGUUUUGAAACUGCGUAUUUUACUACCAACUGGUGAAAAGCCAAAGAUAUUUAGAGUUUGGCAUAAUAUCAAACUAACAAACUAGCAUUCAGGGAGUUGUAAACAGUGAAUUGCUUAGGGGUUUUUGGUUUAUAAAAUACAAAAAUAAGCAGCUAAUUAUGAAUGUCAAUAACACAGGUAAUUGUGUCCGAUCUAAUAGAGGCAUAGUUAUUGGGAUUUUGUUUGUAGAAACAACUAUCAUACUAUCACUCCAGGGACAGAAUCCGGCUGAAUAAGCUGAUUAAGAGGACGAUCUCCUCAACUGGUGUUAAGCUAGUAUCAGUCUAAGAGGCAGUUGGGGUGAGAAUGCUCAGGAAACUGAACUCUAUUAUGAACAAUGCUUCUAACCCACUACACAAUUUGGAGGUGUUUCGACAGAUUCAGCCACAGACUCGGUGCAGGUCUGAGCGUAGCAGAUGGUCAUUUCUACCAGCUGCAAUCAAGCUUUUCAAUUCACAGCAAAGUCUUCCUGAACAAAACCUCCUAAAAUGGCACUUCUCUGACAUUUUUUUUUUUUUUUUUACCCUUCUAAGUCUUCAGUUGUUUUUUUUUUCAGUAUAAGUUUAAAUAUUUUAUUGGAGUAACGUUACCACAAUGACAGUCAGUUGCCACCUUUGUGCCCUCCUAGUUUUCUCCAUAAUAGCAUGCAGCUGUUUUGCUCCUGCCCUCAGCUCUGCCCGCUGUGGGCAUUCCCUUCAGGUCUUAGACAGUAAAGUGGGAGAGAUCAGGAGUUCUGCAUACCACAGCUGGUCCUACCACUUUGGCCCAACCAAUGACUGCUGGAUCAUCAAGGGUUUGGAAGGAGAACCAAUCGUCCUCAGCUUCUCCCAGUUUUCGGCACGGUGUAGAAAGGAAUGGGUAUCUAUAAAGUCAUCAGCUGGUGGUGAGCCGGUUGUCCUUUGUGGGCCCAAGCUGCCACAGCCCUUGGAAUUUCCAGGUGGAAAUAUUACAGUGAUGCACCACUUCCUCCCACAUCUGUACCCCGUGUCAUCGUUUCUGUUGAGCUACGCCAGAGACACAGAUGACUGCCCAGAGACAUCUUUUGAAUGCCUUGGGGGUCGGUGCCUCCCGCUCUCCUGGCGCUGUAAUGGGCAGGUGGAGUGUCUCGGUGAAGGAAAUCAUUUCGGCACUGAUGAACAGGACUGUGAUGCAGAAUUAGACAAUGAAAGACCCCCAAAGUUUGACAACUUGAGGGAAGAGGAUGCCAAAACUGAGGCCUAUACAGAGAGGAACCAUGAUAGCGACUCAGAGAGGCGUCAGGUUGACUCAGCUGAGCAGUACUCUGAUCUCUGGCCGCUGGAGAAGGAGAACGCCCAGCUGGAUCGAAAGCAGCCCCAGGCUCAUAAGGAGCUUGUAGUGACUCCCACUCCCAUUGAAUGGCCUUGUGGAGGGCUUCUUCAGACCUUUUAUGGGACCUUCUCCCCUCCGACAUCUCCAGGUUCCCUUCUCUGUGUCUGGACUCUGGACCCUCAGGACUCCAGGCCACUGAGACUGGACCUCCGGCAGCUGGUUCUGGGCUCUGGGGAUAAACUCACUGUUUACAACAGAGAGCAAGGCAAAGGAGACAUUAUUAAAAUUAUCACCAGCGCCUCGAAUUACAAAUUGGUCCAAGUUGAAUCUCAUACUGGCCUGCUGUCAUUGACGUAUGAGAAAAUUUCUGACUCAGUGGGGAUUGGUUUUAAUGCCACUUUCCAUGUCGGGAGCUACUGCCCUCCAUGGGAAGGCCGGUGUGGAGGAGCAGCAGGAGGUUGCUUCACCCAGGAGCAGCGCUGCGAUGGGAAAUGGGACUGUCCUGAGACUGGGAGGGAUGAGGAGGGUUGCGGGGGAUGCAGUCCGAACCAGUUUCCCUGCGGACAGAGAGGGAUGGGACCCGGCAUCCGCAGACCGGUGUGUUACCCAGUGACUGAGAGAUGCAACUACCAGCUGAACUGUGCUGAUGGCAGCGAUGAGAGGGACUGCACUGUGUGUCAGCCAGGGACCUUUCAUUGUGACAGCGACAGGUGUGUGUUUGAGAGCUGGCGCUGUGACAGUCAGGUGGACUGCAAAGACGGUACAGACGAGCUCAACUGCACCGUCAUCCUGCCCCGCAAGGUCAUCACCGCGGCAACGGUGGGAAGCCUGGUCUGUGGACUGCUGCUGGUUAUUGCCAUGGGCUGCACAUGUAAACUCUACUCUCUCAGGACCAGGGAGUACAGCAUGUUUGCUCCAAUCAGCCGCCAGGAAGCAGAAUUGAUCCAGCAGCAGGCUCCUCCCUCCUACGGUCAGCUGAUCGCCCGGGGCAUCAUCCCCCCAGUGGAGGACUUCCCCACUGAAAACCCCAAUGAGACGUCCUCUCUUUCUCUGAGGGGAAUUCUCCAGCUCCUCCGUCAGGAUGCUGUCAACUCCCCGCACCGCAGACGCAGACCCCGAUUCGUCCGCCGGGCUGUUCGCCGCAUGAGGAGGUGGGGUCUAAUCCCCAGACCUCCUUCCAGGCCGACUCAGGCAUCAAGCUCCAGCCAGCAGCAGUCGGACGCUGCUCCACCUGGUCAGGAACCGGCUCACUCCACCCCCACCAGCUCCUCGCUGGCUGUGGAGGCCGUCAACCAGCCGGUGCCUCAGAAACUUGGUUUGUUGGCUCAGUCGGAGCAGCAGCAGCAGCAGGAGCAGCGGGAAGCACCGGCUCUUUCACUGCCCCCACCGCCUGUCGCCUCCCCACCUCCUCCGUACGCUCCCCCAGCUCCACCCCUGGCCUCACCCCACACUCCCCCCGUUACUGUCCCAAGUAGUCCCUCUCUGGCCUCCAUCUUCCACUCCCUGGGCCUGAGUAUCUCCCUCUUUAGAGCCUCGCCCUCUUCCUCCUCCUCCAACUCCAUGUCCCUCUCUGCCUCUCCUUCGUUCUCCUCCUCCUCGUCUUCCUCAGACGACGAGGUGCUGCUCAUCCCCCUGUCUGAAGACACCACUUCAGAGGAUGACGUGCCCAUGCUCACCUGAAUGACUUCCUCCUCACCCGCCCACCCACUUUCUCUCCCCGCUACUUUUUCCUCUUCUGAUGAUAACUGACACCCAGUCUUUCCACAUUUGUUUGAACUUAAGCACAGGAGUGGCCCACGGUGAGACUUAUCCUCUCUGUGCAAGUCUGGUGCCUUUUGAAAUUGCUUUGAGUUGGAUUUAUUGACAGAUGGAAUCAAAUAUUUUGACCAUUUUUUUAGAAAAAGACCUCCUUAAGAAAAUGUAGACGAAAGGCAUGGCUGAUGUAUGUCGGAGACGAAGUGUAGGUGAGUACUGGUUGUGCACUUAAUUAAUGCUGGGCUGCACAUAGAAGGUAAACUUUUGCACAGAAGAAUCUUCCCUAUCCAGAUACUGAGGCAGGCUACUGUCUGAUUGAAUGAUCAGAGUUCUUAUGAUGGAAAUUAUUGUGUUUGUAUGACAGCAACUGUCUGAAUGCAAUUGCAUUUUAGUCUUACAUAGACAGUGGAGUAUGAUUGUAGAUGUGGAUUGUCUCCACAUACUUCUGCCACUUGCAUCCAGUCUCAUCUUGUAUCAGAAAAAAUUACUGACAACAACCAUUUCCCCUAUUUAAGUGCCUUUGUAAGGAGUUUCCUCUAGACGGCUCAUGGAGAUUGAGAUAAUUCCUGGAUACACACUGCACACAGAAACACACAGAGGCUCAUGUUUUCCUCACAUCAUAGCACGCAUCGACACAUCAGUGGCUUUAAGAUACCAUGAAGAAAAUGCAUGUCUACACUGCAAGCUGGCAAUAACUUUUUGGGGCCCCUGUUUUAGUGCACAUCGAUUGCAACAUAACUGCGUGUUUAAAGACGCACUUCCCAACAGGAUGAAUGUAAUCUUCAAAAAGCAAACGUGUCAAAAGACAAUCUCUCCGGUGCCUGAUUUUAUGAUGUGUGUGUGUGUAGUGUGUGUGUGUGUGUGUGAGUGUGUGUAGUGUGCACAGAAAGACGAGGCGCCCUGGUGAUGAUGAGGGGCCCCAAAUUCACAAAAUAACCUCAACUCCUGACGGGACUCAAUCGCAUUCUGUCACAUUUUGACACAACAGACUUGUGGUGUGCCAUUUGUAUUAUUAUUAUUAUUGUACAUUUUCUGGUGUUUUUAUUUCUGCAAGUUGCAUAUCUUCUUUUUUUUUUCUCUUAAGUUGUUCUUUUUUUUGCUUUGUUGAAUGUAUUAGGGUCGAUGUGGAGUAGCCAGAAGUUUUAAAUUUGCAAAGUUAUGAGGUAAAUAAGAGAGAAAGUGAUUUUAUGGUUUUAUUAGGGUCAACUUCACUGUAUAUAAGUAAAAAUGUGGCUGAGAUUAAACGAUUUGCACUUUUA